CCUCUCUCUCUCUCUCUCUCUCUCAACGCUUCACGCUUCGAUCUCAUCGCCACCUCUCUCUCCCCCAAAUCUCAGCACCUCUGUUAGGGCCGCCGCAGCUGAAGAAGAAGAUGGCGCCGCCAGCGCCCGUCGCCGCCGCAGCAGCGGGAGAUGGGCAAGUACAAGGCGGACGGCAGCAAGGAGGGUUUGGGCAAAGCAUCGGCGGAAUCAUAAGAAUGGCCGUGAUUUGGUACUUCGCUUCCAAAUUCUUCUCCUCUCCCUCCAAAAAGUCUUCUGAUCCUUCUCAGCUCAGCUCCAAUAUCUUUCCCAAGGGUGAACCACUGGAUAUGUGGUUUUAUAUAACUGAACAUGAAAAGUUUAAUGAAUUCGGGAGCGAAAGUGCGCUUAUAUGGCAUGAAACUAAUAUCCCUUACGCCGUCUAUGGGCCGGAGAGUACCAGGACUCUGUCUAUGAAGUACUAUCCAUCGGAGGCAUUGAAGCACAAUGGGACUCUCUAUGCUCAUGUGUUCUUUGCCCGCGCCGGUUACCCUGCAGACCCAAAUGAUCGGGAGUAUCUGCCUCUAACUGCUUUUGGCAGGACGCAUGCUAUUGUGAUAAACUUGCCCAAGUCGAAAGCUUCUAAAAAGAAAAGUUUGCUGGGGGACUCAAAAGACUCCGAUGAGGAUGUAAAGAUUACUGAGGUGGUUGAUAAUACUCAAGGUGAUUCUGAGGAUAAUGGUCCUGAGGAGUGGGUAUCAUACUGGAAACCAAAUAUUACUGUUAAUUUGGUUGAUGAUUUUACCCGAUACCCUCAGAAUGCUGUUCCACCUAAUGUUGCUCCUUACUUAAAUGUGGAGCCUAAUUCUGGAAAUUACUUUCCAACCAUUUACUUCAACGAAUUUUGGUUACUUCGAGACAAGUUAAUACCGAUUAAUGAAACAGUGAAAGAAUUACCGCUGAAUCUGGAAGUAGGUCCCAUAAGCAUGACCAAGUGGCAACUGUUCCUUCAAAUUGAUCAGUCUUUCCAAAUUCACCGUAGUUAUGGAAGCAUGCUCGAGGGUGAGGCUGAUGAACUGAAGAGAGUAUUCUUGGAAGGAAAUCCUUACCUCUUGGCAAUCACAAUGGCUGUUUCGUUACUUCAUUCAGUGUUUGACUUCUUGGCAUUCAAAAACGAUAUUCAGUUUUGGAACAAAAAUAAGUCUAUGGAAGGGCUGUCUGCGAAGUCUGUCGUUGUGAACUUCAUAAGCCAGUUCAUUAUCUUCCUCUAUCUACUUGACAACGACACUUCAUGGAUGAUACUUGCAAGCUCUGGAGUUGGCUGCUGCAUUGAAUUUUGGAAAAUUGGAAAGGCCAUGCACAUAGAGAUUGAUAGAAGUGGGAAGAUACCAAUGUUGAGGUUCCGUGAUCGUGAGUCAUAUUCAGGGAAUAAGACAAAGGAAUAUGAUGAUAUCGCAAUGAAAUAUUUGACGUAUGUGCUCUUGUUCCUUGUCGCAUGCUCCUCUAUAUAUUCACUCAAGUACGAGCAGCACAAGAGCUGGUAUUCUUGGGUUCUCUCUUCAUUCACGAGCUGUGUCUACAUGUUCGGUUUUAUUAUGAUGUGCCCUCAAUUGUUCAUCAACUACAAGCUGAAGUCAGUAGCCCAUCUACCCUGGAGACAGAUGACUUACAAGUUCCUCAACACCAUCAUUGAUGACCUAUUUGCCUUUGUCAUAAAAAUGCCAAUGUUGCAUCGCCUUUCUGUGUUCCGUGAUGAUGUCAUAUUUCUGAUAUACAUAUACCAGAGAUGGGUCUAUCCAGUGGACAAAAAACGUGUAAAUGAAUUUGGAUUCAGUGCUGAAGCUGAUCAGGUCACCGAUCAGGUCACUGAACAGGUCACGGAUGGCACAGAGGACACUGCAGUUAAGCCAGAAGAGAAGAAAACCAACUGAGCUGAUGUUUAAUAGAGAUAUUGCAGGACAUAAUGGAACUCACCCUUUUGCUUUAGCUAUUUACAUUUAGGUCUAUCUUUUAGCAAGGAUUGGUUGUAGGCUAUGCACCCUUGUCAUAGCUGAGGGUGUUCUUUACCUGAUUUUUUUACCGUCUACAGUCUAGUGAGCUUUGUUGGUCUGGUUGCAGGAAGUUAACUAGGUGAUUUCUUCUGUUUCUUUUGUAGUCAGAAACUAGUGUAUUUUUUUUUUUCUGUAAUAUUCAUAAGUCCUUUGAUAAUGCCAUAAAUUUUGAUAAUGCCGGGCUUAUUUGUAAUAUUUUUUGUUUAGAUUGAUACCAAUAUAUUUUUGGCUAGUGCUAAAAUUUGGCUAUCCAAAUAUCGUAUCGAGUUAAACCUACUUGAUAUUGAAUUAUGAUGCGAGUAAUUUACUGUUUUCUUUUCUGGUUAGAUAGAGACUGGCCUUCUUUACUUGCAAAACCGAACAAGUUGAUAUUAUAUUCAAACUUCUAUAGCAUUUGCCAGGAUGUUCAGACACUUCGUAUUUAUCUCCAGAGAUGUUUACCCGUUAGGUGGCUACGGGUGAAAAGAAAACCAGAAAAUUCAAUAACCAACUCAUCAGUUCUCGAAAUACAAUGAGUGAGAAACAACUAGCGACAAUUUACUUAAAAUUGAUGGUGAACGGGGCAAUCAAAAUGAGUGAGAAACAAUGUAAUAUUGGAAUUAGGCAGGAACCCAGAAUGAAGAGGUUUGUGAUCAUCUGGUUACUUGGAACUGUCAUCAUUUAGGUAUACUAGAACAUGUAUUCUACUACUCUCCAGUCAGAGGAGUCCAGUGCUGAACUUAACACAACAUACUCUAUUGUCAUACAUGCUAUGGUAUAUGUAUUUUCUGGAUUGAAAUUAGUAUCUUUU